CUAAAAAUUUUCCGAGAACCAUUCCCUUGUUUUCUUUCUUCCCACCCUUGUUUUCUUUCUCUCUAACGUUGCCACCGCCACCACACAGCUAUCUGUGCCGGUUUAUUUUUCCCGCUCCCAUUCCCCUUCUUCUUAUUAUCCCCCUCCUCGCUACAAACUACGCGGGCACCCACCACUGCCUAGCCUUCUUCUACUCGUUGCACGCCGGCAUCCUCCAUUGCCAGUGCCUGUUUCUUCUCUCUCCCUCUCUGCUCAACCUCGCCGGCACCCACGACUGCCUAGCCUUCUUCAACUCGUCGCCAAUUGCCCACCGCACUGCUCGUCGCCUUAGUGCACACUCUUUCUUCCGCAAUCCCUCUCUCUCUCUGUCGUUCAUUGCUGAGUUCGUUGGCGGUUAUCGAGCUCACAUCUCAGGAACCCAAUUCACUGAAUUUGAUUUUGAGCCGUUCUUGACCUCAAAGGAGCCAAAUGUCUCUCUCCACAGCCCAGAGUUCUGUUCAUCUGCUUCGGCGUCUUGGAAGGAUUGGCAUGGUUGAUGAGGCGCUUGCUGCGUUUUCUACACUCGAUUCACAUGCAAAAAACACAAAUGUGCGUAAUGAGAUCAUCAAUUUGCUUCUGAAAUCUGGGCGAGUCGACAAUGCGAUGAAUGUGCUUGAUGAAAUGCUUCUUCCAGAAUCGGAGUUUCGACCCAAUGAUAAAACUGCUGGUAUUGUUUUCAAUAACUUGUUGAAGAUAGAUGGGUUAGAGGGGAGAGUAAAGGAAGAUGAGAUUGCUGGUUUGGUAUCCAAAUUUGGUAAACAUAACAUUUUUCCUGAUACCAUUGCAUUGACACAGUUGAUCUCAAAGCUUUGUAGGAGUGGAAAUACGAAUCUUGCAUGGAAUAUUUUAGAUAACUUGAUGAUGUUGAAUGGUCUUAAGGAUGCUGCACCCUGCAAUGCGCUUUUAACAGGAUUGGGAAAAGCAAGGGAAUUUGGUAAGAUGAAUCUGUUGAUGCGAAAGAUGAAAGACAUGAAUAUUCAGCCUACUGUUAUUACUUUUGGUAUCCUUAUCAAUCAUUUGUGCAAGUUUAGAAGGAUUGAUGAUGCAUUAGAGGUCUUUGAGAAAAUGAAAGGGGAAAAAGAGGAGACCAAGGUUUUUGUUGCACCUGAUACAAUCAUGUACAAUACUUUGAUUGAUGGGCUUUGUAAAGUAGGGAGGCAAGAAGAAGCUUUGUGCUUGAUGGGAAAGAUGAGAUCAGAUCAAUGUGCGCCGACUACUGCCACGUUCAAUUGUUUGAUUAAUGGGUACUGUAGGUCAGGUGAAAUUGAGGUAGCUCAUAAGCUCUUUAACGAGAUGGAAAAUGCUCAAAUUGAGCCGAAUGUAAUUACCCUCAAUACUUUAGUUGAUGGAAUGUGCAAACAUAACCGAAUAAGCACUGCAGUUGAGUUCUUCCGGGUUAUGCAACAGAAGGGCUUGAAAGGAAAUAAUGUUACUUACACGGUGUUCAUUAAUGCCUUUUGCAAUGUCAACAAUAUGAAUAAGGCAAUGGAAUUUUUGGAUGAAAUGUCGAAAGAUGGAUGUUUUCCUGAUGCCGUUGUGUAUUAUACUUUGAUAUGUGGUUUAGCCCAAGCUGGAAGGUUGGAUGAUGCCAGCUCUGUCGUGUCGAAGUUGAAAGAGGCAGGGUUUUGUCUAGAUCGUGUUUGUUACAAUGUUCUUAUCAGCGAGUUUUGUAAGAAGAACAAAUUAGAUAGAGCUCAAGAAUGGUUGAAUGAAAUGGAGCUUGCUGGAGUUAAACCUGAUAGUGUCACAUACAACACUUUGAUUUCUUACUUCAGUAAGAUUGGGAAUUUUAAAUUAGCUCACAAGUUUAUGAAAAAGAUGACCGAAGAGGAAGGUCUUUCACCCACCGUCUUCACUUAUGGAGCUCUUAUUCAUGCAUAUUGCUUGAAUAACAACAUUGAUGAAGCCAUCAAGAUUUUCAAGGAAAUGAAUAAUGUUGCGUCAAAGGUUCCUCCUAACACUGUAAUAUACAAUAUAUUAAUAGAUUCUUUAUGCAAACAGACCCAGGUCAAUUUCGCACUUUCUCUAUUGGACGAUAUGAAGUUUAGAGGGGUGAUGCCGAACACCACAACAUACAAUUCUAUUUUCAAAGCCCUUAGGGAUAAGAAUUGGUUGGACAAAGCAUUCAAACUUAUGGAUAGAAUGGUCGAGCAGGCAUGUAAUCCCGAUUAUAUAACAAUGGAGAUUUUAACCGAAUGGCUUUCUGCAGUUGGUGAAAUUACAAAAUUGAAGAAGUUUACACAGGGAUGCAUGGUUUCUGAUUCUGCAGUCUAAAGUCUGCAAGCUUAAGUGCUUUGUUUUGAUUAGUUGACAUGCUUAACGGUAAACAGUCUGAAAUUUUCCCAUGGCAUCGUCAUCUUAUCUGGAUUCUUCAUGUAUUUUAUGAUUCUCAAACGACUCCGAGGGGGAGUUAUUAACAAAGGACUUCUUGUUCUCCUAGCUUGUUUGCAACAAGAUUAUACCUCAAUCACUGCUGAAAAAGUUCGGACCUUUUCUUGUUUUUGCUAACAUUCCAUAGAGGCAGAAUCAUCAAUUUGUUAAUAUUUGGGAUCGAUGAUGCUCUCGAAUUUGGAACGAGCUUAAGGAGAAGAAAAUGUACCUCACUCAACAACAAAGACUGUAUUUAUAAUUUAUUCAAUAUUGCGAAACAGAAUUUCAGAUAUGUUGACUGUCAUUCAUAAUUGUGUGAUAAGGACCAUGAACACAAAAAAAAGGACUACAGGUCUCUAUAUCUUUUUUCUUUUUCUUACAUUUGUCCACAUCGCCUAGACAUCACAUUAACAAUUAUUAAUUUCAUUUGCUUCA